AUGCCUCCCGCUACUGAGAAGCUCAAGGCCGAGGGGCUCUCCCGAGCUUCAAGCGUUUCCAAGGCUCCCUCUGAGGGAACGGAGAACAACUACCUGAAAGAGCUACAAAAACUGACUUGUGUACCCAACUUCAGGACCCUCCGCAAUGCCACCAAGAAGCUCAAUGCUAGCGCCAAGGUCGAUGCCAUUCUCGCCGAAUACCCUGACAAGUCACUGGACCAGCUCAUCGAGGAAAAGAAGAUCAACAGUGACCAAAAGGCUCAGCACCUGCGCAAGGCUACUCUCCAGGCUACAGCAGCUCAGGCUGAAGAGCAGAUCACCCACUACAAGAACUUCGCCGCCCAGUAUGAGGAGCGCAUGGUGGCCAAGGAAGCGGAAUUGACUCGGUCCUUUGCCGACGACCUGGAAACUGUCCGUGCCAACGCCAUUGCCGAUGCUACUGAGUCCGCAAAGAAAGCAGAGCGCCGCAGACUCCACACUCUCGCCAAGUUCCUCUGCAGUGCUGCUAUCCUGCGACGCGACGGGGAGGUCAACACCGAAACUCAAGCCUUUGAGGCUGUCUUGUUCCAGAUCUACGGUGGCAGCCAGGAGUCUGUCAGUAACAUGCUGAAGGUCAUCGAUGGCAUUGAUGAGAAGAUCAUUUCCGACGAGAACACUGUGCUUGAGGUUACCUAUGGCGACGUGAAGCAGGCUUGCGAUCGGAUCGUCCCUACCGAAGAGGGCUCUGACACCUCCACUGAGACUAUUCCCGCCUCCGAUCCCACCCUUGCCAACGCUGGCCUCACCGAGCUCGAGGAUGGUUCCUUCUCCAACGCUGCGCCUGAGACCUCCCAGGCCGACCAGCUGGCUCCCCCCGCCCAGGCCAUUGUCAGCGACGGUGCCAACGAUGUCGCGGAGAAGAGCGCCGGUACCUCUUCUGGCUCCAAUGAUAGUGACUGGGUCGAGCUCCCCCGUAACCCCGCGGAGACGGAGACUGGUCUUCAAGCCACCCCCGCCAGCGCCGAUGGAGGUCUGACCAAUGGUUCCGUGGGCGCUGAUGUCGCCAGCCAAGCUGUGCCCGAGACCGGUGCCAAGAAGUCCGGUGGUCGUCGUCGCAACAACAACCGCACCCGUGAUGGACAGCCUCAGCGCGAUACCCAGGGAAAGCGUGAAGGCCCCAAGGCCCCGCGUGAGGGUCAAGCUUCUGAGCAGGCACCUCGUGAAGGUCAGGGUCAAGGCCGAGGCCGUGGAGGCCGCCCCCGUGGUGAAGGACGUGGUCGUGGUGGACGGGGCCGUGGACGCGGCGCCCCUGCCGGCAAUGGCGCCGCUGAGGCGGCUGCCACUACCGCUCCCAAAUCCACCGAAUAA